AUGUCUUUGAAGCGUAUCAAUAAGGAGUUAUCGGAUUUGGGAAGGUAUGUCGCCUGCGAUCAAGGCCCCCAGGGCAAGAGGGAACGGAAGCCAGAGAAGUACGAGAGCGAGCAGAGAGUGCGCAAGAGAGAGAGAGAACAAGAGAGAGAAAGAGCGAGGAGGGCUUGUGGUUGGAUCAAAGACGGCGCUUAUGAAUAUUGCUGUCACGCGAUCUAUCUGGCUGCAACUAUAUGGGAAGAUCCAGCCCAGUCUAACCCUCAUAGAGACGAGCGCCACUCUUAUACCGUACUAAUCGCUAGCAGCGUUGAAGCUACAACGACAAGAUCGUUUUUUUUUUUGGUUCAUGCCAGGGAAAUGAAUGCGAAUAGAUGGCGACUCGGGUGGCAACACAGUGUGUGUUGUCAUCAUCGAUGACCAUCCCCCAACCACCACACCAUUUUUUUUUUUUUGAAUCUUCCCCAGCCAAGCUCCAUCUCUUGCUACGAGCACUACCUCGACUUUGGUGUCGACUUUGGUGUCGACCUUGUUGGCAAAGCCAAGACGGUUACUAACAGCGUUAACGAUUUAUAGAGACCCCCCCUCCUCCUGCUCAGCCGGCCCGGUGGGAGACGACUUAUACCACUGGCAAGCCUCGAUAAUGGGGCCCCCAGACUCACCCUAUGCCGGCGGCGUCUUCUUCCUAAGCAUCCACUUUCCGACAGACUACCCCUUCAAACCACCAAAGAUUGCCUUUACAACAAAGAUAUACCACCCAAACAUCAACAGCAACGGCAACAUCUGCUUAGACAUCUUGAAAGACCAGUGGUCCCCAGCUUUGACCAUAUCGAAGGUGCUUUUGUCCAUCUGCUCAUUGUUGACCGAUGCAAACCCCGAUGAUCCGUUGGUGCCCGAAAUUGCUCACAUUUACAAACAAGAUAGAAAGAAGUAUGAAGCCACUGCUAAAGAAUGGACAAAGAAGUAUGCUGUUUGA